GUUCGCAUAACCCAAUCACUGUCACUAUUGUACCUAUACUCAAGUCACCAGACGACGCGAUUUUGUACAAUCGCCACAGAGAGCAGGCCAUCACAGACAGAAUGCCGCAACUUCACGGCUACAGUGUCACGAUCACUUCGCAUGGAAGGGAGGUCGAGCACUAUGAUGUUAAGCUGGAAAAUCCAGACACAGUGAGCUGCUAUAUAGUGAGCGAGUCCGGAAUGGAGUUUACUGUUCAGUAUACUGACUUGCAGGGCAGGCGGACGAUGAAGGUCGAUGUAUUCAUCGAUGGACGUAUGCUUGCGAGCAAGUCUGCAGAGCCAGGAAAGACUCUCUCGAUCUGGGGGUCGCGCACGUCGAAGACCACGCGCUCGACGUUCAGGUUCUCGGAAAUAACUCUCGUAGAUGAUGACGAUGCGGACGGACUGGUGACGCCACCAAGCAUUGGGUCCAUCGAAGUGAAGCUAUAUCGCGCCAGGAUCGAGAAAUGUAGAAUUUCCAGCCGGUCUCAUUAUCGUCGUUCGGAUCCCCCCCAAACGGGGCCUGUAUCCGAGAAGAGCAAGAAAGGAGGGUGGCACCAGGUGUCUUUGGGACGCGACCGUCGAUCAGAAUGGCAGCCUUCUCCCACCAGGGCUAUUCGCUUGGACCCAAUAGACGCUCCAUACGCAAUCUUCCGGUUUAACUAUCGACCUAGAGCGAUGCUUCAAGCGGAAAACAUAAUCCCUCCAUUGGGCAUGUUGACCAAGCUGAACGUUGAAGCGCUGCAAGCCCCAGUUUGCAAGCGGUCACCCUCGCCGCAUAUUGCUCGAAAUUUGAGUCGA